AUGUUUCUACAAUUAAAUGUGCGACGAGAAGUCCUGUUUUUGUUUCUUUACAUAUUUCUUAGCAAUAUGGCUUUAAUUAAUGAAGGAGCCGCUCAAGGAUAUUCUGCCGUAGUACUUCCAGUAUUAAUGCGCAACACAACCUCCUUGACUUUAAAUUCAACGGAGACACUUUUUUUCGCUUCUAUAGUAUCUAUCACUCCACUCAUUGGUAGUCUCAUAUGCCUUAUUACGAUGUAUUAUGGAAGACGAUGUACCAUGAUAGUAUGCGGUAUUAUCUUUUCUUUAGGAUGGAUUUUGGUUGCGAGUAGUUAUAACGUGAUACAGCUUUUCAUCGGCAGAAUGCUAACAGGAAUUUCCAUAGGUCUUGCUUCACCUUCCAUUGAAAUUUAUUUAUCAGAAAUCUCUAUACCCGCAUGGAGAGAAGUUGCUACAAUUACUCCAAAUAUAGGGGUUUCCGUUGGAGUUUUACUCGUUUACUUUUUGGGAUAUGUUGCACAGAACAAUUGGAGGUUGAUAGCAGCAUUUUUUUUAAUACCUUCAAUAAUUCUUGUUUUGUGCAAUGUAUUUUUUCUUCGUGAGAGUCCUAUGUGGUUACUCUUAAAAGGUCGAAAAGAGGAAGCUAAGAUCGCUUUACUUCGCAUCCGUGGUCUGCUUCAAGAGACGAUAGAGUUCCAAGAAGAGUUUACCGAAAUGGUAAAUUACAGCGCAAAGACAAACGAUUUGAAAACGUCCGAAAAUUGUCAGAUAAACUCCUCCUUAACUGUGGAGACCGGACAACAAUCGUUUUUCACGAAUGUAUCUAGCAAGUUAAAGAACAUUAGGAGAAUAAUCCGUUUACCUGAAGUGUGGAAACCGAUUGUGAUUUUAAACGUCUAUUUCUUUUUUCAAAGAUUUAGUGGGGCCUAUGUAAUUAUAUAUUAUUGUGUCGAUAUGAUCAGCAAAAUAAAUGUUACAAUUGAUCCUUUCUUGAUCACUGUCAUAGUUGGAAUUAUUCAAGUAUUAUUCAACAUAAUCAGCGCAUGCAGCAGCAUGAGAAUUGGUCGUCGACCGAUUUCGAUUAUAUCCGGUAGUGGUAUGUCAAUUUCUUUGGGUGUCUUAGCAGUGUACCUGCAAUUUUUUGAAGAUACUAACGUUACAAUUGUACCUCUAGUUUGCAUCCUUUUCUAUGUGACAUUUGCAGCAUACGGAUUCUUUUCGAUACCUUGGUCGAUGAUUCCGGAACUGUAUCCUACUAAAUACGUAAGCUUUCUUGGGCCUCUUACCGUUAUUGUCGCUCUUUUCUACGACUAUAUCGCUACACAAUUGUAUCCAAUAAUGGUAAAGCAUAACAGAAAUGGUACUAUUUACUUUUAUUGCAUAAUGUCUAUUAUAGCUACUAUUUUUCUAAUAAUUGUAUUACCGGAGACUCGAGGUAAGACAAAAACACAGAUAGAAAAUUCUUUUAGAGGCAAGUUGCAAAUAGAUGAAACUUUUAAGAAAAUUGAAGAUGCA